CUCAGGCUGGCCGGGUGGACGUGGCGACGGGGGCUGUAAUGGAGAGCGCCUGCACCCCUGGAUUUGCACCCACAAUUCUGCUAUGCGUCCCAGGUAGUUUCCCGUCCAGAUUUUGUACGGACGGACAGACUUAGACCCGGACUUACGCUCAGUACCACUGACGGCCAAUGGGAACUUUCACAUUUGCAUAGAUUAAUUGCCGGUAAUUGAGGGGUUUUGCUCGUUUUAAUUAGGGAAAGUUCGCCUUUGUUUAGGGGGGAAAGCUCUGCACCGAAAAUAGCAGAUAGUACAGUUGUCGUGUUGCUUUGGCCUUGAACAACUGCAAGCCAAGGGAAAUCUCAACAGGUGCACACACGGAGGUGAAGAAAGUCUUGCCUGCUGGAGCGCCGCCUUAUGUUGCCUCUGUUAAAGGCACAGGAGCCUAGCCGGAGAAAACAGUGGCCACCCGAGUUGCAAGGCUGCGCUGUUUUAGCCCCGAAGAUCUUGCGUUCCUGCUUCCCAGGCAGUCUCCCGCGCUCCAUGACGCUGCCCUCUCCGAGAGCAAAGCUUCGCCCGGGGCCGAGUCCCUCCCAGCCUCUCCACACGGCGUGGCGUCCAAUCGGCGCCCCAACACCAGGCCGCGCAGCAGCCAGUCACGAGCGCAGAUUCGCCGCCGCCGCCCGCGCGCGAGGCGAGGAGGCGUCUUGGACAGAGGAGUCUCCCGCUCCGCCCUGCUGCAGCUGCCGCCUCGGCCCUUCGCCUGCCUUUCCCUUCCCUGAUCCGAAGCAGCCAUGAGCGUCCAGCCGCGCAGCCGCCAGGAGACUCUGGCUUUGCGCAAGCAGCUCAUCGGGUUGUAUUGUAAGAAGUCAGUGCAAGGGGUGGAAGAUUCUUGAUGACCCUGCCUGCUUGCUGCAGUCCCUCAGGUCUUUAAUUAUUUGUUUUAUUUUCACGUGCCAUCCUGUUGUUCUGCAACCCUUGGGAGCAGAUUUUAAGAAUUCAGCAGUAAGGGGAGAAUUGGUGAAAAUGGUCCUCCUCCUCUUGCAUGAACAGAGUUUUUUCCGUUCACAUGACUCAGGAUACAACCACUGAGAUCAGGAUUUCACAAAUCUUCCUGCAGGCUAUUUUUCCCAGAAGAUCCCGUGAAGAUUAUCAGAGCAAAGCGCCAGUAUAUGUAUGAUGAAUAUGGAAAUGAGUACCUUGACUGUAUCAGUAAUGUUGCUCAUGUUGGACACUGCCACCCUGAGGUAGUCAGAGCCGCAUACCAACAAAACCUGCUGCUAAAUACAAACUCUCGUUAUCUGCAUGACAAUUUGGUGGAUUAUGCACAAAGACUUUCUAAAACCUUGCCUGAAAAGCUGUGCACUUUUUAUUUUUUGAAUUCAGGAUCAGAAGCCAACGACCUUGCCCUGAGAUUGGCACGUCAGUUCACAAAGCACGAGGAUGUUAUUGUUGUGGACCAUGCUUAUCAUGGACAUCUGACAUCCUUGAUUGACAUAAGUCCAUAUAAAUUCAGAAAUCUAGACGGCCAGAAGGAAUGGGUCCAUGUGGCACCUCUUCCUGACACAUACCGGGGAUUGUACAGAGAAGAUCAUGAGGAUCCCGGCACAGCAUAUGCCAAUGAAGUGAAAAAAAUAAUCGAUGAAGCACAUCAAAAAAGCAGAAAGUUUGCUGCAUUUUUCAUGGAAUCUUUACCAAGUGUUGCUGGACAAAUCAUUCCACCACCAGAUUAUUGCCAGAAGGUGGCAAAAUACAUACAUGAGGCAGGAGGUGUAUUCGUUGCUGAUGAAAUUCAAGUUGGCUUUGGCAGGGCUGGCAAACAUUUUUGGGCAUUUCAACUUCAGGGAGAGGAUUUUAUCCCCGAUAUUGUCACUAUGGGCAAGCCAAUUGGCAAUGGGCACCCUGUCUCUUGUGUAGCUACAACAAAGGAAAUUGCAGAGGCAUUUUCAGCAACAGGAGUGGAAUAUUUUAACACAUUUGGAGGAAAUCCUGUGUCUUGUGCAAUUGGGUUAACAGUCUUGGAUGUUCUUGAGAAGGAGCAACUUCAAGCCCAUGCUGUCCAAGUGGGCAGCUUCCUCAUGGAACUACUCAAUCAACAAAAAACAAAGCAUCUUCUAAUUGGGGAUGUCAGGGGUGUUGGAUUGUUUAUUGGAGUAGAUUUGGUACAAGAUCAAGCUAAAAGAUCACCCGCUACCAAAGAAGCAGAGUUCAUAACAAGAAGAUUAAAGGAAGAAUUCAUUAUGUUGAGCACAGAUGGUCCAGGAAGAAAUGUGCUUAAAUUCAAGCCACCACUUUGUUUCAGUACACAAGAUGCAAAGCUAGUUGUGGAUAAACUUGAUAAAAUACUAACAGAAUUAGAGAAAGGAGAAGCUUAGAGGAAUGUGUUAUUACUUCAAAGGGUGAGUAUUCACGUUUCCCCCUUACAUUACACUUCUGAAAAGGGAAAAUGGGCAGUAGAGCAAAUACCGAAUUCUCCAUUGGGAACCCAUUCAAUUAAGUGUAAAUAGCUUCCAUAAACCCAAGUAUGUCCCAGCAACCCAUAAUCUAAAACACAUUGUUAAAGUAAUAAGAAAACUGUCAUUCGCUGGCUUUAAAAUGUGGAUCUUUAAUACUUUCAUUCCAUCUCUUACAGGUUACAGACAUGGCACUGAAUUCUACCAUGUUUCUAAUAUAUUUCACUUAAACUACAAUAGCAAACUUUUUUUCUGAAUGUAUUUAUUCAGUCUAUUGUAUUUUUGUUAGAAUGCUGAUGGUACAGAAAGUUCAAAGCUACAGCUGUUAUCUGCUAGCUCAACUCUUCAUUUAGUACAGUAGAAAACAAGUGAUGUAUCCAGAAAAUGUAAGCUGCCAUGCUUAUGAUGCACUGGUUACAGAACCCAAACCAUUACUUAUGCUAAUCCCCUGUCUAUAAGUUAUAACAUUACCAUCUUUCAGUCAAUUCUAGGCAUGUUCCCCCCCACUUUUACAAAAAAACACCCACCAUUCAGCUACCAACAAGGGAAGCAGCAGCUAUUUAACAAAGCUUGCAUCUAAAAUAUUUCAGCAGUUGGUUGUGCAGUAGUUCAUGGAAACUUUUUGGAAUUUGUGUAGGAAAUACAGUAGUAUCUCACAGGAAAAGUGUGUUUUUAGGCAGAAAAUUAAGUUCUCCUACAUCUUGGCAAACAUUUUUACAUGGAAAAUACAUUCUCUUUAUCCACCUUUUAUUUUUCAUUCAGAACCUUUCGGAGGGAAGCACCAGUAUCUGGAUCUAGCAAAAGGCUGCUAUGACUACACAGUUUCUAUCAAAACAUCAAGAGAUCUGUCUAUUAGGGCAGACACCCAAUCUUUCUGCACAAUUCACUUUAUUGGUGUCAUCUUUCUGUGUAGCUACAAUCCUGAUUAAGGUGGAUAAAAAGGUGUUUGGGGCGUGUGUGUUUUUAACUCAGUCUGGUUUAUAAUUAGUAUGGACAGAAUGCAAAUCUCUUCCACACCUUUUCCACCUACUGCAGAGAGACAGCAUUAUUAUCCACCUCAGUAGAGGCUACUUGGAAAGAGGCAAGGCUAGAGAUGAGGCAUGAUAUUUUGUGGGGUUAUGUUCUGCUCACAAGAGCCUUUAAUUUCUCACAGCACAGUUUAGGAAAGAGUGGGCUGAAUAAUUAGCCUCCAUAAAGGAAAGCUAUCUUGUUAAGCCCCAUUUUGCAUUUGUAUUGUUUGCAAGCAAAACAUGAGGUCUAUAAAAUAUUUAUGCAGCAAUGCAUCCACUAGGUAUGAGCUUGAAUACUUAGUUCUAAUAGAGGGUCCUCCAAAAGCUGCAUUACCUACUACACUAUGAAAAAGUCAGCCUACAACCUGAUUAGGGUCAUAUGCUACCUCUCCUGUCUUCAGCAAAAAUGUCUCAACCCAACCACUGGUCUUAAAUGUUAGGCUGGCACGUUUUAAAACACAGAGGUUGGUUUCAGAACCCAGAUUGACCACGCUUAACAUUUAUUCAGAAGAAAACGCAUCAGUCCAUUCCCAAUUCCCUAAAUCUAUUUAAGAGGCAGGUUGCAAUAGGUUUGCAGCAACACUCAUGUCAGCUACAGAUUUGUAUUAUUAAACACUACAUAUUUUAAAUUCAAAAAACAUUGAGGCAGUUUAGUAUACUACUUUAAGGGUGGGUGUCUUUUUGAAGAGCACCACUAGUUCUAUCCAAUUUCUGUUGAAAGCAUAUAGAACUACAAAAUGGAUCAGAAUCGUUAGCAGAGUAGUUUAAAAGAACUUGGAAACAGUGAAGUACUGAAAACAUUACUUUAGUAUUUGAAACAUUAAAUUCCCAAUUCAAACAAUAGUUUAAAAAUGCAUGAGAACCAAGCCAGGCAGGUUGACAGUUUUAAGUGCAGCCAGUGGAUUGUUGCCUUAAUAAGCCUUGGGAGACUUCAGACAUAAUGCAUGUACUACAUGAAGAGUCUUGAUUUUUCAUAUAAUGAGACAGAUCAUGUUUCCAGAUUUCUAAUUGCUUAAACUAAAUUCACAUAUACAAAAAAGCAGAAUUUGAUGUGGUAAGCAUGUCUGACACUGCCUUUCAUGUGCAUAAAUACAGCCUUGAGCCCUAUACUAGUUUAUAUGUCCAAUUUUACAAGUAAUCUCUCUAGGUUCCUGUGACCCCAGCUCCAACACAAGCCAAUCAGUAACAGAUAGUUAACCUAGAAGUCAGCAAUCCUGCCUGAAAGCUACAAUGCUGGGUAACACCAAAGUUCUGCUUACCAUUUGUUUCUUAGCUUUACAAGACAGACUACCUUUAGAGUAUUUAAUUGUUUAAUCAACUUUUGCUGGUCAGUCAUCAAUUUUAGGGUUAGAACAUGCUCUGAAUCCAACCUCUGAAAUUUAUGUACUGGACACCAACAUUUCCACUAAAGCUCUAGGAUUUAUUUCCACUGUGCUAUAACUGGAAUAAUGGCACCGAACACUGGAUUAUGCUUUUUUAUUCAAAAGCUAGGAUAGCAUCAAUAUCCAUGUCAUGGUGAAUCAGAACACAUGUAAAAUACCUUACAAUACAUUAGAUUCCAAAAAGGUACCAAAAAGUACAGUAAAAUUAACACUUCCGUUACAGGAAAUGUAUGACACAAAACCAAUACAAAAUAAAAAGGUGGAAAGUGA